UAUCAUCGCUACGCCACCCGUGCUUCUCAAGCCAAUUUCUUCAUCAACCUCCUGGAUAUCUCAACACUCACGUCCCGGCGUUCUUGACGAGAAUAAUAAUACAAAACCUCAAAAGUACACCAAAGUUACUGAUCGGCGAUCGAUGAAUUACAGCCAUUUUGGACACAAGAUGGGAAUUCUGUCGGCGUUGCUGGUUCUUCAACUUGUUCUAAGCAUCAAAUCACAAUCUACGAAUUGUCCCCGGGGUCCUCCAGGCCCUCAAGGCUUACCAGGUAACAACGGUGUCCCUGGUAACAAUGGUAUGCCUGGAGUACCAGGCCACCACGGACGAGAUGCCAAGGGAGAGACCGGACCUAAAGGUGACCGUGGAGACCCUGGACCCAAGGGAUCUGAUUGUCCUGGUGUCAACCGGAAGCAAUGUACGUGGAGCAAAGAAGACGAUAAAGACAAUGGCUUGAUAAAGGAAUGUAUCUUUAACAAGAAUAAAGCCGACACGUCACUUCGUGUAUUCUUUGACGGAACACUACGCAUUACGGGCUGUACAGGCUGUUGCAAGAGAUGGUACUUCACAUUCAAUGGCGCAGAGUGCAGCGGACCAGCAACAAUAGAAGGGGUUAUAUACAUGAGUAUCAGUCAAGAUCUUCACCGUCAUCGCCACAUCGAGGGAUACUGCGAUAACAUUGCAGUCAAGGGUCAAGUACGCGUUGGAUUCUGGGUGGGUAAUUGUGGGGGUUUUGGAGACGCUGAUGCCGAUACUGGAUGGAACGCGUACUCGCGUAUUGUCAUCGAAGAGACGUCACAGGGACAACCAUAGAUAGAGUGAUCAUCACGGUAGCAAGAAUCUGGAUAAUUUUAGCAUUUUACUUUCUAUUUUCACAUUUAAAAAUUUUGAAUUUUGGGGAUAAACAGUGGAAAGAGCGCACAUAUUAUACUUAAGGCUGAUCGGAAGAGGCUGCAAAUGCAUCUUUAACUUAGAUGAAAUUCUUACUGGAUGAUUUUUUUGUAACUAGGCCAGCAUGACAAAACUCAAAAAUUGUUAGCAUUGAGCCCGUGCAUAUUUGAUGCGACGUCGCGCAAAAAUAUGAACAGACUGCUAGUAUAAUUUUGAGCACUGUUUGAUGAGUCAAUACAUUUUCUGUAACAUAUAUCCUAAAUUAGGUUAAGGGAAACUCCGAAAUCAGUUAAAGGGAUGCUCCAAAAUCAAGUUAAGGGAUGCUUCUAAAUCAAGUUAAGGGAUGCUCCUAAAUCAGAUAAGAGAUAAUCCAAAAUCAGGUAAGGGAUACUCCUGAAUCAGGUGAAGGGAAACUCCGAGUUCAGUUUAAGGGAUUCUCCCAAAUCGCUUAACCUGAUUUAGGAGUCAUCCCUUACCCGAUUUAUAUUCCUGCACCUGAUUUAGGAUUAUCCUUUAACCUCAUUGUGGAGUUUCCCUUGACCUGCUUUAGAUUUACGAUUGUGAUGAUCGAUAGUGAUGAUACUAGCUAAGUCCGUGAGAGGCAAUUAGCCAGUCAGCGCGAAAUAAACAUGCACAAUUUGUUAGCGUCAGAAGGGGGAAAAUGGCGCCCAAUUGUACCGAUUGUGAUAGAUAAAAAGAAAGUUAAUGGGCUAAUAUGGUUUAGGAUUUGUUCAGGAGCACGAAAGUUCCUUUCUCUGGAUGGGAACUCUAUGCAAGAGAAAAAAACCCCACAUAUUCCUUUAUUUGAACAAAAGUAAAAGGCCAGUCCAAAGGCAUAAAA